CCCUCGGCGGCCUCACAAAUCCCUAGUUACCGAGCAAGUCGGCGAGCGGCGGCGACGCUAACGGCCACGAGGGCUGUGCGGCGGCGAGAGGAGGCGUACGGCGGAGUCGCGGAGAAUCCGGAUCGGGUGCGCGGACGACGGCUGCACGGCCGGCGGCGCCUCAGCAGCAGCAGGCCAGGCCGCUUGUUGAAGACGACGAUCUUCUACUUAUCUCACAACUCACAAGCCAUGAGCAAGCGUGCUAGGAUUGCCGGGCCGGAGAUGCGGACCACCAUUGUGGCUUCUUCUGUCCUCAAGCUCACAAUAGACUACGAGCAAGCCAAGAAGCUACCUAUUGGCAAGCAGGCAAGGGCGUCAUGUCGGAUGUCGUCUCCGUCGGGGGACACCUCUGGAGGAUUCAGUGCUACCCGCGUGGCUAUCAUGGUCAUGGAGACGACAAGGGAGAGUAUCUAUCUAUCUUCCUUGCACACAUGAGCAGUACCACCACAAGCGCCAAGGCCAUCUUAGAUGUCUUCCUGAUGGAUAAAGAUGGCAAACCAUCUGUGAAGGACGAGAUAAGGUUUCUUCACACCUUUAAAUGCAGCCAAGUUCGUCAAUCCUCCGGAUGGCCGCAAUUCGUGAAGUGGACUACUCCGGAGAAAGACUACUUAGCAGAAGGACACAUCACAAUUGUAUGUGCCAUCAUGGUCACCGAUGACAGUCCUAUUCCUGUGCCGCCUUCUGAUAUCGGGACUCAUCUUGGCAGCCUGCUUGAUUGCGCUGACGGGACAGAUGUGACAUUCAUCAUCGAUGGCGAGACAUUCCAUGCUCACCGGGCUUUGCUUGCCGCCCGCUCGCCGGUCUUCAGAGCGGAGCUCUUUGGCUCCAUGGCCGAGGCUACAAUGCCCUGCAUCACGCUGCAUGAAAUCGCGCCCGCAACGUUCAAAGUUAUGCUUCGGUUCAUGUACAAUGAUGCAUUGCCCGGAGAAGAAGAGCUUGGGGACUCUUCCAUUGAGAUGUUUGAGAAUCUGCUUGCUGCAGCUGAUCGGUACGCACUUGACCGGCUGAAGUUGAUUUGUGCGCAAAAGUUAUGGGAUAAGGUUUCAGUAGAUACAGUUUCAACUGUCUUAGCUUGCGCAGAAACAAACAAUUGUCCGGAGUUGAAGAACAAGUGCAUUGACUUCUUUGUGGUGGAGGAAAAUUUCAAGGAAGCCAUGUUCACUGAUAGUUAUGCAUUGCUAGUUCUGAAAUUCCCAUCAGUUAUUGCAUAGCUCAGAAAGAGGGUUAGGCCAUAGCAUAGCACAAUGCAUCUCCAUGUGUACAGUUCAGGCAUUCAGCUCGACAGUGUGUCAGUGGAUACGUUUGCCGCUGAUGCUUUAGCUUGCGCUGAGAUCUACAAUUGCCAAGAGUUGAAGAACAGAUGCAUCGACUUUCUUAUGGCAGAGAAGAAUUUCAAGAAGGCGGUGUUAACCGACAGUUUCAUGUGCUUGGGACAGAAAUUCCAUCUAUUCUUACUGAGCUGAGAGCAAAGGUUGGGACAUGACACUGCUGUAUGCAUUUCCACAUAUAUGGUUUCAGGCGUUCAAGGAUAGCUUUAGUACGGUGUUCUGAUAUUUUGGACUUCUGGUCAGUGACUAUAUUAGAGCAUGUGGUAGAUCACCUGGGAGGAUUUCAAGAUGCUCUUCUUUUUGCAGCAUUGGACCAAGUUGCUGCUGAGUAUACUGGCAAGUAACAGGAGAUGGUGGAUUAUAUUUUGGCACAAUUCAGAUUCAGAGCUAUGGACCAGUUAGUAGGCUAGUUUGUGUUCUGCACCAUUUUUUCUUGGAUUUGACCUCCCGAAGCUUGGUUAUACUUGGAAGCUCUUGCAUGUUCAUGUCUGCUAUGCUGAUAAUGUAACUAUGUGUAGUCUUCUAAGUUUGUCACAUACCAUUAUCAGUUUCCUCUUGCAAUGAAAAGGAGCUUGGUGUCCAAUGUUAGUUCUUCGGUCAAAAAGAAAAUCAAAAGGCUUUGAUUUGACUAGUAACCGUGUACAUGAGUUGCAUAUACCAACUAAUGAAUAAAAAUUUGUUGGUGCUAUGAAUUCUAAAUUAAUGGGAUUGAAUCGGUGAUCCAAGUGUGGCGACGACUCAGCGACGAAUGGAUGAACGCCGUAAAUGAAUCGAGAUCCAAGGGCGGCAGGAGGAGCAAGGUAAGCUUCAUCCGGUCAAGUGCAUACCGAUCGGCCGCAGCAAGCAGAUUCUGAAACAUCUCAACGGAAGAGUCCCCAAUCUCUUUUUCUCGAGGCAAUGCGUCUGUGUACAUGGAGCGAAGCAUAGCUUUGGACGUUGCGGGCGCGAUUUCAUGCAACGUGAUGGAGGGCAUUUGUAGCCUCGGCCAUGGAUCCAAAGAGCUCCGCUCUGAAGACCGGCGAGCAGGCUGCAAGCACAGCCCGGUGAGCAUGGAAUGUCUCGCCGUCGACGAUGAAUGCCACAUCUGUCCCGUCGGUGUGAUCGAGCAGGCUGCCAAGGUGGGUGCCGAUAUCUGAAGGCGGCACAGGUAUGGGGUGUUCAUUGAUGACCAUGAUGGCGCAUACAAUUGUGAUGCUUCCCUCUGCAACAUAUUCUUUCUCCAGAGUAGUUCCUUGCACGAACUUGGGCCAUCCCCAGAAGGUGUAGCUGCCACCAUCUUCGACUUUGUAGGCCUGGAUAAACCUUUCUGCGUACUCGGAGGAUGGUUUGCCGUCUCUAUCCAUCAAGAAGAUAUCUGAGAGGACGUUGACGCUUGUGGUGUUGCUCAUGUGCGUGAGGUAGACAGAAAGAUACUCUCCCUUGUCGUCCUCACUGUCGCCAUGCGGGUAGCAGUCAAUCCUCCAGAGGUGUCCCCCAACGGAGAAGGCAUCCGACCGCAACUCCUUGCCGAUAGGAAGCUUCUUGGCUUGCUCGUAGUCUAUUGUGAGCUGGACGACAGAAGAAUCCACAAUGGUGGUCCGCAUCUCCGGCUUCCUAGCACGCUUGGUCACUGAACAAAUUGGUAAGCAAAUGUCACGAAUUUUUACCACAAGUUUGACAGACAAUGUGUAAGGAACCGGAGAUGGAGAGCACUCACUGGCUUGAUAGCGGCGGCGAUUAAUUUGUUAAUUGACCUUGUGAUAUAAGUAGGAGGAGAUCGUCGCCUCCAAGCUAGAGGCGGCCUGCUGGUGUUGACCUUGUGUCGUGACUUUGGAACCCGAUGAAUUUUGCCGAUCGAAGAAUUUUGCAGGUAAUAAGGAGGAGCGGCGUUCGAUCGGCAAGUUCAUCAAUUAGCAGUGUCCGUCUCGGUUUUAGCGUUUGAGUACGAGUCCUAGUCACGUUACGAUUGCUC